CUAAUUCGCUGAGAGUUGCAGUUCUAUCAACAUUGUACACUAGCUCUCAGCAGCGCCUAAGUAACCCAUGUUGGAGUGGUGAAGUUCACGCUUUUCUUUGGUGUACAGGGUUGCGACUAAGGGCGCACAUCGGCUUGCUUUCAUCCAGGUGCAUAGUAGCUGUUUGGGGAGGCUUUAAUGUAUGCCGGAGUAAGUGAAACCCGUCACCAUGGGCUUGAGGUCAGUAUCUUAUGGACUGAAGUGAGCUGGACCCCCUCUGCAUAAUCCCCAAGGGCCUUCACCUGCCCGCCUCCCAGCCAGGGCCAGGUGGCAAUGGCAGGCUUCAAGCGUGGCUAUGAUGGCAAGAUCGCCGGACUCUAUGACCUGGACAAAACCCUUGGACGUGGGCACUUUGCUGUGGUCAAGCUGGCACGCCAUGUCUUUACUGGCGAAAAGGUGGCAGUCAAGGUCAUCGACAAGACUAAGCUGGACACGGUGGCAACUGGGCAUCUCUUUCAGGAAGUCCGCUGCAUGAAGUUGGUGCAGCAUCCUAACAUUGUGCGUCUCUAUGAGGUCAUUGACACCCAGACCAAGCUCUAUCUGAUCCUGGAGCUUGGAGAUGGUGGAGACAUGUUUGACUAUAUCAUGAAGCAUGAGGAAGGCCUGAAUGAGGAGUUGGCCAAGAAGUACUUUGCCCAAAUUGUGCACGCCAUCUCCUACUGCCACCGACUCCAUGUGGUGCACCGGGACCUGAAGCCUGAGAACGUGGUGUUCUUUGAGAAACAGGGCCUGGUCAAGCUCACAGACUUUGGCUUUAGCAACAAGUUCCAACCAGGCAAGAAGCUCACUACCAGCUGUGGUUCGCUGGCCUACUCUGCCCCUGAGAUUCUGUUGGGGGAUGAGUAUGACGCACCUGCUGUAGAUAUCUGGAGCCUGGGGGUGAUCCUGUUCAUGCUGGUGUGUGGGCAGCCGCCGUUCCAGGAGGCCAACGACAGCGAGACGCUCACCAUGAUCAUGGACUGCAAAUACACUGUGCCCGCCCACGUCUCCAACGACUGCAAGGACCUAAUAAACCGCAUGCUUCAGAGGGACCCAAAGCGCCGGGCGUCGCUGGAGGAGAUUGAGAGCCACGCGUGGCUGCAGGGGGUGGACCCCUCCCCAGCCACCAAGUACAGCACGCCGCUGGUCUCCCACAAGAACCUGUCGGAGGAGGAGCACAAUGGCAUCAUCCAGCGCAUGGUGCUCGGGGACAUCGCCGACCGCGAGGCCAUUGUGGAGGCCCUGGAGACCAAUAAGUACAACCACAUCACAGCCACCUACUUCCUGCUGGCUGAGCGCAUCCUGAGGGAGAAGCAGGAGAAGGAGGUGCAGCCACGCUCAUCCAGCCCCAGCAACAUCAAGGCCCACUUCAGGCAGUCGUGGCCAACCAAGAUCGACAUGCACCAGGACAUUGAGGACAGCUUGGCCUCGUCCUCCAUCUCCCACUCAGGCGGGCCGCAGUCCCCAGCGCGCAGUGCUGAGAACCUGCUAAAUGGCCACCGCAGUAAGGGCCUGUUGGACCUUGGGCGGCGCGAGGAGGCCAGCAGCAGCAGUGCCAGUGAGGCCUCGGGCAGCAGCUGCUCCUCCUCUGGCCAGGGCUCCUCAGCAGGGCUACUUUCCAACCCCCUGGUACCAGGCGGCCUGCUGGCCUAUCCAGCCUCGACCACAGCCAAGCAACGGACCUUCCUCUUGAGGGUGGAAGAGGAUGAGGAGGAGGAAGAUGAACAAGAGCCCUCGCCGCUGUCUGCCCAGGUGGUGCUUCGCCGCAAGCCCUCGUCCAUCACCAACCGCCUCACUUCACGCAAGAGCGCUCCCGUCCUCAACCAGAUCUUUGAGGAGGAGGGGGAGUCGGACGACGAUUUCGACAUGGACGAGAGCUUACCGCCCAAGCUGAGCCGCCUCAAGAUGAACAUGACGGCGUCGUCGCCGGGCACGGCCCAGAAGCGCUACCACCGCCGCAAGAGCCAGGGCCGCGGCUCCAGCUGCUCCAGCUCGGAGACGAGCGACGACGACUCGGAGAGCCACCGGCGGCGCCUGGACAAGGACACGGGCUUCACCUACAGCUGGAACCGGCGGGACAGCAGCGAGGGACCGCCGGGCAACUCUGGGGGAAACGGUGGCGGCAGUGGAGGGCAGAGCAAGCCCCCAGGGGAGGGCAACUCAGGACCGGACCGAGGCAGCCCCCCAGGAGGGAGCGGAGGUGGGGGAGGCGGAGGGGGCAGUGGGAGUAGUAGUGGUGUGGGGGGGGGGGGCACCAAGGGACAAGGCAGCCCCUCCAGCUGCUCCAGUGGCAGCGUCAACCGCUCGUCGGGGUCGUCGCGCAAAGCGUCGACGCGCAGCGGCGGGGAGCUGGUGGAGAGCCUCAAGCUCAUGAGUCUGUGUCUGAGCUCCCAGUUCCAGCAGCGCAGCCCCGGCGGCCGCUUCAUCAUAGACCCUCAGAGCCUGUCCAGCAUCAAGGUCCAGGAGAAGUCCUCCUGGAAGAUGUGCAUCAGCUCCUCCACCGGCAGCUUGGACCAGGUGGGCCUGUCCAGCACGGGCCUCGGGGUCCCCGGGCCAGAGACGCACGCAGACCAAAUGUCAUCGGUGCUCACCGAACUGGGCUUGGCCAAGGAGAACAAGCUGAACCUGAAGAACAAUGUGCUCCAGCUACCUCUGUGCGAAAAGACCAUCUCUGUGAACAUCCAGCGGAGCCCCAGGGACGGGCUGCUCUGCACCUCUGCCCCGGCCAGCUGCUGCCAGGUCAUCUGAGGGCGGCUCCCUACGCUAGCCCCGCCUUUCCUCUCGCCCCCGCCACAUCUGUAGCAUAGCAACCCCUCCUCCCCCCUCAACACUCCCCUAGUGUCUGAGUGAAACUCCUCCACAUCUCUAGACAACCCCCCUCCACCUGCCCUACCUGCCUUCUCUGUCGUCUUAAUCAUUCUGACGUUAUUUAUUGGGUUUCUCUUUGUUUCCUGACUGGCACCUGUUUUUGAGGUGCAUGCUGCUAGCUUUAUGUUGGUUUUCAUUUUUUUUGUUUUUAGUUUUUUUUUGUUUGUUUGUUUCUGUUUGUUUUGCCUUUUGGUUCCACUAAAAUGAAAAGCGCUUAUAAAAAAUUCCAAGGGAUUGAAUAGAGUGUCGAGUCAAACUUGUGUAAAAUAUUCAUUUUAGAAUAAAGGUAAGUUGGAGAAUGUGUUAAGACCAAACAUCUGACCGAAUAGCACAGGAUAGCUAAUUGGGCAAGCACUUAUAUUACAGACUCUUCUAACAUCUAAUUUAUUCAAAUCCUAAAUAUGCGUUACAUAGAUUGUAAACUACAGAAUGUAAAUUUCCGAUUUCAAACAUAAAGCUACAAUAGUUGAGGAGCAAUAUUGACCAUAGAGAGGCCUUGACUGAAUCCCUUUUCCUCUGUUUCCCUUCUAACAGUGUACAGCUCUGCAAAGUCUUAAACAGACGACCAAUAUAUGGAACACGUGGUUGCAUGGAGAUGAUAUUAUUUCUAUAUUUCAAUGAAUUUCAUCAAAUUCAUUGGGGGUUAAUCUGAUAUUUAAAAAGUGCUUUUAGUCAUAGACAAUCUGUUUUGUUCACGCUCUUAUUUUUAAUUUUUUAAAUUAAAGAUGUUUUUAAUUGGAAGCUCACCUGUAUUGAUUAAUCGAUUAUUUUACAAGAUAGUGCUAAAAAAAAAAAAAAAGUUUUAGAAUGGAAGAGUUCUGGUCUUUAAAUCAAUUCUGAUUUUAAGAGAAUGUCUGUUCCCAUUUCCAAUAUACAUCAGAACAUCAGACCUUCCUGUGGUCUAUUUGGUCAAUCUGUAUGUGCUAUACUACUGAACAAGAGAUUGAAUGAUGGUGUCUGAAGAAUGAAGGAUCAAAACAUAUUUCAUCACUGCCCACAUGGAUAAUGGCCAUUUUGUUUCGUAACUUUUUACACGUCCACAUCGGGUGAUGCCACAGCUUCUCUGGGCAGACUCCUCUGCUAGUGCGUCACCAGGACAUGAUGAGGGCCACACCACCAGAGAUGGAUGCCUUGAUGAGUCCCAUCUGUCUGUCUUUCUGCCCCUGAGUUCAGGUCUAGUUCAGAUGCCCAUGUACAGUGGCCCAGACACAGAAAACAGAAACAGGGUGGAGUGUGCAGCAGCCUUGUGAGCACUGCGGCCACUCUAGUUUGGUGUGUGUGUGUGUCUCAACUCGUGUCAAUACUCUCCCAAGUGUUUGCUUUUUUUCAUGACUCUUCUUUUUAGUUACUGUCAACGAGUGCUCACACAGAGUAGUUUGAGGGGGUGUAAAUGGGAGGCGUGUGGAUGUAUGUGUGAGAGAGUGUGUGUGUAGAUAUGUUUUUCAGAAGUUUUAUUUUUGGAAAGGACUGCUGUUUUAAAAUGCUUUGUGAAAGUGGGAUCUGGAUUGCAAGAGAAGGCUGGAUUGGGGGUACCAGGAGGCCUGAGGCCUCGCUCGCUCAGUCAGUCAGUCAGGGGGUGGAGUGUCCUCCUCUCGGGGAGAUUACACUUGGCCUGCACACUUUAAACAAGCCAGGCUAAAGAACCAGAGCAAUCUAGUGGGUGGGGGAAAAUCUUGAAAUCUAUUUUAAGGGCAUUGGCAAUAAGCUAUGAGUUGCAGCUAUAUGUAAAUACACUUCUUUUGUUUUUAUAUUUCCAACAUGUACAGCCUUGGGAUGGCUGUUUUGACUGUAACAGAAAAUGAUCAUCUUGAGUAUUUUUUGUUUUCUUCUGAACUGAAAGGUCUGUAAAUAUAGGUGUAUAUAUGGUGCUCUGUAUUUAGAUCUUAAGUGUUGGCCAUUUUGGUUCCUAGCUGUAAUAUAGCCUUAUUAGUUAUGAGUGUCUGAUGAAACCGAGGUGACAAAGGAGAGGAAAAAAAGAAGAAGAAAAAAGGAGAACCUCAUUGCUGUACCCAUGUCAGUCUCUGAGCCUGUCCUGCCCUGAUAUAACCAGGGGAAUGAUGUGCAUGUGUUGUUAGUUUAACAUUAUUGAUCCACGUACAUCGAGGAAGAUUUUUUUUUUUUUUUUUUUUUAAGAAUAAUAAAAAAAAAAAAACCACCACUAAAAUGUUACUGGACCAAAACAUGUACUAGAAUAAAUGAAUACAAAUUGAAAAAGCAAAAAUAACUAAAUGUUCAAAUGUUGAAACUUUGUCCUCAGAGGUUACAUAUAGCUAUGGUAAUGUCCAAAAUUAAAUGUUGUGGAAAAUGUCCUCAA